AGGUGCGGUGUUGCGUGACUGACUGCUUGGUCGGAGCGAGUGUGUGUUUGUUGUGUUGUACGAUUUUUCUUCUCUCUGGGUCUGUAAUCGGGCUAGGAGAGACAGAGUUUUGCUUCUUUGUGGGCUAAACCGUACAUUUGAAAAUACAGAAGGAAAAAAUAUGUCGUUGUACAUUCAAGUAGCCGAAGAUGAGGGCGACGAGCCGAUUGAAUUACCUACAGAGGACGAUAGCACACUCCUAUUGACCACCGUGACCGCCCAGUUUCCCGGAACGUGCGGCCUGAAAUAUCGGAAUCCGGAGUCGCGCACGAUGCGCGGCAUUCGUCUCGUUGACGGACGUCUUCAUCCGCCCGAGAAUGGAUGGGGCAAGGCGAUAUACUUUUGUGUCUUUCCAAAAGAGAACAAACGUAAAUCUGAUGACAAUUUGGAAAAUUCCACAGCUAAGACAAAAAGAAUGGAAACAAAGUUGCGUUGCACAGACUUGAUCGUUCUUGGUUUACCAUGGAAAACAACCGAGCAGAACUUGCGAGAGUAUUUUGAAACAUUUGGCGAAGUACUCAUGGCUCAGGUAAAGAAAGAUGCAAAGUCUGGACAAAGCAAAGGAUUUGGCUUUAUUAGAUUUGGAAGUUAUGAGUCCCAAUUAAGAUGUCUUGCACAACGGCAUAUGAUUGAUGGGAGAUGGUGUGAUGUCAAGGUUCCCAACAGUAAGGAGGGAAUGAUUCAGCAAGUACCCUGCAAGGUAUUCGUGGGACGCUGUACAGAAGACCUAACUGCUGAUGAUCUACGCGACUAUUUCUCCAAAUAUGGCGAAGUGACGGACGUGUUCAUCCCAAAACCUUUCCGUGCAUUUUCAUUUGUUACUUUCUUAGAUCCCGAGGUAGCCCAGUCCCUAUGCGGCGAGGAUCACAUUAUAAAAGGAGUGUCUGUACACGUGUCGAACGCCGCGCCGAAGUCGGAGGGGAACAAUAAGAAUUUCAAUAACCAAGUAAACUCGAACAUGCGUAGAGGCGCCCCAGGUCCCGUCGAGAAUAACGUACAGGGAAACUAUCAGGGUAACAGAUAUAUGGGCCAUUCAGGUAACAAUAUGGGUCCAAACGGUUGGAAUAAUCCAGGAAAUCGGGGCAACCUGGACAUGCCUAACCUCCAAGCAUUGGGCAUUACUGGGCAAAACAAUGGAGGUGGUGGAGGUGGUGGUAUGUCGAAUCCACUGGCUAUGGGAGGCUUGAACUUGUCUGCAUUACCAGUCAACCCUGCUCUGGUCGCAGCUGCACUGAAUCAAGCAUCUUGGGGUCUGAUCGGUAACUUGCAGAAUCAGGGAAACGAUCAGGGCUAUUCGAACCAGCCUGGCCCACCUGGUCAGCCACCUUCAGGCAACAAUAGUAUUGGUAACAGUGGAAACUCUGGCUUUCUCAGUUGGAUGAAUCAGGGUGGCGGUGAUGGUAAUACUGGCAAUCCUGGAACAGGUGGGCCAGGCCCGAAUAAUCCCAACGCAUCCCAAGGUGCUUGGCAGAAUCAUCCCGGACAGCGUGAUCAGAAAUCGAACACCUUUCUCAAGUACGAAUAAGCUGCGUGGAGGGUCCCAGUGUAAUCAUGGAAAGCCAGCGAAUCCGUUCCUUUGAUCCUGAUGAUGAUACGCAAGGUGUUAACCAGAUGGAGCAAGAGAGAGAGAGUCGAGGCAAGUGUGUGUUUCAGGUGAAUGCAUUAUAGCCUAUAAAUCUGAGAGGGUUGAUAUUUUAUGAAUCAUAAGUAAGAACCACGAAG